AUGAAGUUCUCGGCGGCAUUCCUUGGAAUUGCCGCGUCCAAGCUAACCAAAUGGCAGAGUACCCACCCGGAUCAAGUUUUUCUCGCCGAAGAUGAUGGCGAAGAGCGAAAGAGAAUCGCCGACGCUCGUGGGAAUCAAAACCCCUAUGAAGAUCUCAUCUUCGCUCCAUGGCAAGUUCCCGCUCUCGUCGAAAAUUUCGGCAUGAAAGAGGAAUACAUGCGAAUCGACCACGAUGCGCCGAAAAAAGCGCCUGGUUUCGAAGGAAGAGCGAUUCCAAGCUACAUGUAUUCGAAAAAAUGGGACCAAAUCGCCGUCUGUGAUUACCCAGAAGGAAGAACCGAGCUUGGCUGUUGCAAACAACUUAGGAUGGGCUGGGGCGACGGAAUCUGCACUUCCAAUGGAACGAUUGCGAAUGGACGGGAUGUGUACUGGUGCGAAGAUACAGAUGCAAAGCGACUUGAGUUCACUUCUCGCGGAUGGACGGCAUUUUCGAGCGAAACAGGGGACGGAAAAUACUCUUGGAGUAAUACAGGCACAAGUGAACAUCCAUGCGUCGGAGACAAUGGGGAACUGGACGAAGAUUUCAUCUGGGGAGGAUAUCAGUUGGACCUAACUUGUCCACACAGCGGCACGAUUCAGCGGCUCCAGCCUUGCAUCUCUCAUAACUGCUCUGACGAAGAGCUUUGCAUCAACGACGACGAAACGACUUUCUCUUGCAUUCCUCGCCCAACAGUAUCAGUGACAACAACAACUACAGUAAGCUCAGAAGGGACUGUUUGGUUCGUCCCAUACGACGGUCCAUUCGACGACCAAAUCACCUACGCUCAGGCGAAAGAAAAUUGCUCCAGACUCGCUCUUGAUUAUCAAGAUACCGUUGGCUUCCCCGCUUUCUUCAGAAAUGAAAAAGAAUGGAAAGUUUACCGCCACAGCACGAAUUUCCGCCAAAACGAGUAUCGAGAAUGGCUCGGUUAUGAGCAGCAAAAUGGGGACACUACUCAAUGGCUAGCUGCUGAUGGUUCAGAAGUAACAUUUGAGCUUUGGGACCUUUGGCACUCGACGGCACAGCCAAAUAAUGAUGAUCAACCAUGUGUUAUUUCUGGCUACGGUGGAGAUCAUAAAUGGCAUGAUGUUCCAUGCUCCUGGACAGAGGGCUUCUCAUGCAGAUUCGAAUCAACAUCACUGACAACGACUCCGUUUACAUUUACCAGCACCACAUCAACAACAACGACCACAACAACCACAACAACAACAACGACCACAACUACCACUGAUCCAACUUCCGAGGGCACUGUUUGGUUCGAGGAUCAAGGAGACGGUUCUGUCACCUACGAGCAGGCAAAGAUAAAUUGCGCUGAAAAAGCUCUUGACUACGAAAAUACUGUUGGAUAUCCAUCCUUUUUCAGAAAUCAAAAAGAAUGGGACUUGUACAACCGUCAGAUUCCUGCUCAAAAAGACUGGCUCGGAUACGAACAACAAGAAAACUAUACAAUGUGGCUUAAUGCAGACGGAUCAGAAGUCACCUUUACCAUUUGGCUAUCCGGGCAGCCAAAUGCCAAUGAUCAACCGUGUGUCAUGGUGGGUUACGCGGGAUAUCGAACUUGGGUGGAUAUUGCUUGCAAUUACGGCGGAACUCGCCAUUCUUGCCGCUUCGAAUCAUCAACACUGACCACGACAACAUCUACAACAACCACAACGACGACAACGACGACAACGAUCACCUCCACUGGAACAGUCUGGUUCGAAGAAAUGAACGAGCCACAUCUCAACUACACGACAGCAAAAGAAAGAUGCGCUGAUCUCGCCAAGAACUACCCAGGAACAGUCGGCUAUCCUUCAUUCUUCCGAAACGAGGCCGAAUGGGAUCUUUACGAUAAAACCAUUCCGCAUCGACGAGAAUGGCUCGGCUAUGAGCAGCGAGAUGAUGACAGCAAUGAAUUCUGGUUGAAUGCUGAUGGCACCGAUGCAACAUUUCUGAAUUGGUGGGCACCAGAACAGCCAAAUGACGUUAAUCAAAAAUGUGUGCUUACUGGUUGGUCCUACCGUCGAGAGUUUUAUGAUAUCGAAUGUGAUCGUGUUCUCGAAACACCCGCAGCAAUGGACUUUUCUUGUAGAUUAGAGACUGUUGGAACAACUACAACAUCUACUACAACAACUUCAACCACAACAGCCACAACAACAACAACUACAACAACAACCACAACGACAACCACGACAACAAGCACAACAACGACUACUACCACGACUACUUCCACGACAACCACAACAUCAACUACAACAAUAACAACCGAACCAUGCCCAACAGUCUGCGAGCCUGAAUGCGGACCAGGUUUCAUAUGCGAGGAUGGUGUUUGCGUUGACAAGGAUGAAUGUGCAUCUGGCGAGCACAACUGCCAUUCCUAUGAAGGCUGCACGAAUCUGAAAAAUGAAAAUGGCUGGAAAUGCUUUCCGUUGGAUGUUGAAUGCCCUGAUAACCUGAAAAGAGCCGAGUGGAAAGGACGCUCGAAUACAAAAUACCUGUUCAAAUCUGAAAACUCCGUCACUCUCGUCGUCAAGUUCCGAGCUAAGAACCAGUUCGUCAAUCCUCGAACUGAGCUUUACAAGGGCUUCGCUUUCUGGACAAAAGAUGUCUGCGGAAUAGACUUCAUCCGGAAGCUCAGAAACGGCCAAAUUGGAGUUCACUUGUCUGAUACAACAGAUGUCUACCGAAUGGGCGACGUCUACAUUCGCGAUUCAGGAAAAUACACCAGCGUCGGGUUCGAAUUCGAAACGACGCAGCUGGUGGAUAAGGACACGCCCUGGAAGUUCAAAAAUGGAGUGGCGACGAAAAAUAUGGGAUCUGAUGAUGUCCAGAUCACUUUGACCGGCAUUCAGGAUGUGCAGUGGAUCGACGCAAAGGGCCGGGACUGGUGUCUUCUUACAGCCGCGAAUGCUCUCCUGCCCCUGGAAAAUGCGAAUUACCCAGAUCACCACAUUCUCUGCCUCGCCGAGGCGAAGACUUUUUGGAAGACUCCUAAUGAUCCAAAUGCAUAA